CGGGAAGACGAGAGAAGAGGACUGAUUUCCUCUACUAUGGAUGGGAAUAUCUACGAUCAGUUUGGGGAGGCCAUUGACAGAAGGCUUGGAGGAAUGAGGGCUGAAGCCCAACGAAGAGCGGCAGCUGGGCCGCCACCCCCUGCCAUGUUCAGGCUAUGGCAGGAAAAGGAGGAACCACCGAUUGGGUUGGAAGAAGUGGGAAGCGAUGAGGAAGUGACUCAAGGGCUACGAGGAGGAAGUGAGACGGAAGAGGUCAUAAUCAUCGAGUCAGAUGACGAGGAUGAGGAGGAAAGAACGGAGCCUCUGUCCGUCUUAUUUGAGAAGAUGGAGGACUUGCUGGAUAAGAUGGGGAGGUACCAACAGAAGUUGGUGGGCCUCUGUGAGGAAGUGAAGGGAUGGAGGUCUAACAUCCCCACAGUAUUCCUCUAUGACUCCGGCCCAGAGUCAGCGCCUGGGCGACCCGGAGUAAAUAUGGUGGGGUCGUGCCCACAAUCGGGAAUGAGGAAGAGACCCCUCACUCCGCAGGCCCGGCUGGCACAGGCAGCGCGAACAACGAAUCAAGCCAAGGCCAGUGCUAGCGAAGAGCCUCCAAGGAGGGAACCCAAACCAGGGAGAAGGAAAGAGGCUGUGGAAGUAGAGGACGACGAUGAUGAAGAGGAAGAGGACGAGAGACUGCGCAGAAAAGAGGAUCAGAGAGCAGAGCAGCGGUCAAGGAAAAAGGGAACCAGGGGAGAGGCCGAACCGGUCAUACAUGACGGACCGCCUAAAAAGAAGAAAUACGCGGUCCGGUUGGAAGAGGGAUUUGACGUAGAGAAGGUGAUUGACCGGCUGCUGGAAGGGCAUAAUGACCUCAUGACCCUGAAGGAAAUCCUAGCGUCAGCCCCACGACUCCAUGAUGAACUGAAGGGGAGGUUAUCACGGCGUCUCGUGCCCAAUGUCCAUUUCGGUACGAUCCUGCCCAAGGAGGCAGAGUGGGCAGAGUCAGGUACGAAGAUGGACUGGAAGAACACCGGGCCAAGGAGUAUACGGAACCAGCCCAAUCCAGGAUCAUUCACAAUCGAGGAGUCGGAAGGGGAGCGCAGGAGGCUCUGGGUAGAGCCCGAAGCAGGAGAGAGGGUGGAAGCAUUUCCCCUCAGCCUGUCAGAUGUUGGGAAGGCCAUGGACCUGGUGGCCGCGCAUGAGAUGGCAGAUCCGGAUGCCAUCCAAACCUUGAGGGAGCAAGUUCUGGAAUGCCCUGAGGCAGGAAGGUUGGAAUUGGUAUAUCGGCUUCCAGGCAGCGGAGGGAACCCCGCAUCAGCGCAAACACAAUCCGAGCGAACGUUGAUGGUGGAAUUAAUGAAGAGGAAGCAUCAUGCCUAUGCGUUUAGUGACGAGGAGCGUGGAAGGCUGAAUGUGGAUAAGAUACCUAUGAUCCGCAUCCACACUAUGCCACACGAGCCUUGGAACAUGAGAGGAGCGCGAUAUCCCAAUCCUGACGAGGAAAGGAAGGUGGUGGAUUACCUCGACGGCAAGAUAUGUACUCACGUCGCCGAUUAUUCAAGUGGACCGUAUGCGUCCCCAUGGUUCUGCUUUAUUAAGCCUAACGGGACGCUGUGGUCUGACUUUACGAAGACAGUCAUGCCAAGAGGAGGGAGGGGGACACGGCCGCCUCGGAGGCCGUUGGGAGCAUCAGGAGGAUAUAAGCAACAUGGGUCUCGCCAUCGAGAGAGUACUCCGGUAUACGAUGAUGGGGACAUCGAGCUAUUCCUGGACAAUUUUUGGGAUCAUGCGAGGCGUAUGGGCUGGACCGUGGCCCAGGCAAUCGAGGGACUGAGGGGAGUCGGCAGAUUCGAGGAGCCCGUCGCGCGGAUCCGUAGAGAGGCGACGACGAGAUCAGAGGUGGAGUGGAGGAUGCAGGAGCUCCAAACCUCGCCUAUGGGACCAGAUGGCAGGCCGAUCCAUCUAGAGAUCGAAAACGUGGCAGACUUCAUCCCUGCUUUCGAGUGGUUCAUGCAGGGGCAGGGUAUACCGAGAGAUGAGUGGGCGAGGACGUUACCCCUCUGGACCAGAAAGCCGGAGAGGGCACUAGCUACGCAGAGGCUGAGGGACCCUGAGCCCAGGGAGGCGAGACUGUCUCGGGGAGGACGGAAGGCCCUAGCCAGGAGAGAGGAGGAGCUGGAGCGGGAGCCAGAGGUUGAAGAGCGAGGGGCAUACCCUGAGUAUGGGUUGGGACCAGUGGAGUUCCAUCGUUUUACUGAGGGUGGAUUGAGGAGGUCACCAGCACACACACGGGAGGAGCCGCCAGUGUCUGAAGGGCCGUUGAGGGAGUUGGAGACGCAUCUGGAUAUCUCUCAGUGGAGAGCGUCGCCUCAGGAUGAGAAGCAUGAAGAGCGAGUAGAAGGGGUGCCACGAGAGGAGGUACCACAAGAGGAGGUGCCACGAGAGGAGGUGCCACGAGAGGAGGUACCACGAGAGGAGGUGCCACGAGAGGAGGUGCCACGAGAGGAGGCGCAGGGUACUCAGCGAGAGAGCAGGGUGGGCGACGUGGGGAGACGUGCAGGGAAGGAAGUGAUAGAGGUUGGAGAGGACACGCCACACAGACGCCAGCGGAAGGCGAAAGAGAGGAUAGAUCGCAAAAUCAAGUUCCUGGCCAAAACGACCUUUGACCGACAAUUGUUAUUGGAGAGCGAUCUGGCAGGGAAAAAAUUAAAGGAAGCAAGUCAUGGAGUACGCCUGGAGGCUAUGAAGAUGAAAAUCCAGGAACUCAGGGCAUUGGUGGUCAGUCAGGCAGCUAUCAUUGAGAGCCUGAGGCAGCAGACCCAAGAAAAAGUGGAUAAGUCAGAGAGCAGCAGACAGGGAGAGCAGAGGCAGCCGGGAGAAGUUUUGCCAGGACAGUCAUCUGCGGAAGGGCCUCGCCAAGAGCCACCUAUGGGGAGAAUUAUCCUGGAGCCAGAGGAGGCGAGAGCCCAGAGACAGGCAGAGAGAGAGGCGUUCGAGUUUAGAGACCCUACUGAGCUCGCGACGCUGUCAGUGGCGGCGGCAGGCUCAGUCGUAUCUUUGGCAGUAGAGGAGGGGCUGCGACCAUCUAGCAGUGAGCCGGCUCAGGGCUCAGCAGAGGGAUCCAUGGGCGUGCUCCUUGAGGCGGUGCAUACUAUGCAGGAGGAGGUGAGUUUGUUUUCACCUGAGCAGAGGAUAGAGGAGCCUCUUGAGAGACAGAUAGGGAUUGAGGCAGCCCAUGGCAGUGCCAAGAGAGACACUCGAGAAGAGACCUCAGAGGUUGGACACACCUGAGUACGUCUCGGUGACAGGGGAUUUGAGGAGCAGA